AAAGGUUUUUAAGUUAAAUUUUAAGCUCUAGGAUAAAAAUAAAAAGUUAUAGUGUUUCAGUUAUAGCUGUUUUGAGUUUGUUUAAACAAAUCAAUUUGUUUUCACAUAGUGUAAUUUCCUAUAAUCACAUACAUAAUAUUUUCCUGUUGGAUUUCCUAUUGCUUUAGUUUAUCGAUAACGUAAUCACCGGUCCUGUGAGUCAUAGGACUCAUGAACUUACUUUGUCAUUUAGGAUAUUGAAUAUAAUCCAAUUUCCUAAUUUUUCACAAACUCGGAACAUCUGCGCGUCUGGCGGAGACAUUUAUAAAAUUUAGCUAUGGAAAAAAACAAAUUGGAUUUUGUGAUGGAUAACUAUGUCAUACAUGGUCACCAACCAUGUCAAACAUCUGAAGCCAAGUAUUUAUGUCUAGACGCUAUAUAUGAAAAAUGUCAUCGACCCAAUUUCUAUGACAUUGGUGGGACUUAUAUUCAUGACAUUCCUGAUUUUUGGUUUAUUUUUAAAACUGAACAGGUUGCAGACUUAUACCUUGUUCACAUCUUCAUGACAAAUAAGCAAGAAGGAUCAAUUAACGUACAGAUAAGUAACUCAAACAGCUUAUCGUUUGAUAAGGAGAAAAAUAUUGCAUUUCUAUCAUCAAAUUUGUCUAAACUUCAGUUUGAUAAAGUGCAAGAGUCAUCUCAGAAAUAUUUAACAACCUUCUGCUUUGAAAAGUUUGAGUUAGACCUGAUGAAAGGCAAACAGUUGUUUAUAACAAUAUCAUUUUUCGAAGACGAAGGUAAGACAACCGUGGAUAGACCUAAACAAGUACUUGAUUUUGGUUCGCUGCUGGAUGAUCCAAUUGGGGCCGAUUUCGUAAUAGAGUCUGAAGAUGGUGAAAAGUUUCAAGUUCAUAAGCUUCUAUUAACAGCCCACAGUGAGGUAUUCCGAGCAAUGCUGAAAGAAGACACUGCAGAGACCAAAAAUGGAUGGGUCAAGUUGAUCGAAGUUGGAAAAGAGGAUCUUCAGCAUCUCCUUACUUUUAUUUAUACAGGAACGUUAAAGAACCUCGACGAUAUUAAUUUCUUUAACAUGUUAAUUCUGGCUGAUCGAUUCAACCUUGAAGGCUUGAGGGAACUGUCCGAACAUGCUUUAAUACAGCAACUGUCCAUAGACAAUGCUCUAGAAAUGUUGGCUGUUGCAGAUUCUUACAAUUCUCAGGCCCUAAAGACCGGGUCUCUUUUGUUUAUUAAGAAAAAUAUGUCGACACUAGAUAAUAGUAUUUUUGAAGAGCUUCAUAAUGCAGCAUUAGUGCGUGAAUUGUGCAAAUAUCUGGUGUCAUAAGGUUAUAAAGGGAAUUGAUAUAGUAGAUAAUAAUAAUUAAUCUCUGUAUGUUGAACUGCUGUGAUUUGUUUUUUUUUUAUUGGAUUUUAGAAUGUAAGCACAAAGUUAUGAGAAGUUAUUCUGUCAUAUAUCUUAUAUAAUAUAAAGUUUUAUAUAAAAUAUG